UGCGAGAUUAUUUUCCGUUUCACAACGUCACAUGAUGCACAUUAUCUUCAACCCAGCCCCACUGAUUGGUCACUCACCAAACAUUCUCGAACCAUCACCAGAAGCGAAUUUCCUCUCCCGGUCCCGGAUCUUCUCGCAACACCAUGGCAUCACUACGCCGUUUCAGCCUCGUCUUCUACGUCCCACCCGCCAACGCCUCCGCAUGCAAAGCCGCCAUCUUCAAAACCGGCGCGGGCCGCUAUCCCGGCCCUGGCGGGUACACUGAGUGCGCGUGGCAGACGUCGGGGAUUGGACAGUUUAGGCCGGGAGAUGCGGCGAAUCCGGCUAUUGGGAAAGUUGGGGAGUUGGAGGAGACGCCGGAGGUUAGGGUUGAGACGUUGAUUGUUGGGGAGGAGACAGUACGGAAGGCUGUUGCGGCAUUGAAAGAGGCGCAUCCAUAUGAAGAGUGUCCGUAUCAGGUUUAUCGAGUGGAGGACUUUUGAUGAAGAUAUUAGUGGUUUGGUGGGAAUCGACCAGUUAUGUGAGCUUCGGUUUUACAACACAUAAAAUUCGGUCAUUCGAGGCGAUUCACAGAGUCAUUGAUAAUUACAAGCAUUCACUUUUGGCAUCUUAGCAACUAUAAUUCAAAUUAGAUCAGACUAAGGAAACCGAAAUUAGGGUAUUAUCAAAAACUAAAUCUUCCAAUCGCCAUUUUUCGUGAUCUUGACCUGAAGUUCUAACAUCAUGCAACAAGAACCUUUGUCUGCGGUAAGAGAGUCGUCCAUCUCUCUCCAGGCUUUCUACUCCACAUCCUCUUCAACGCCUCAAUACCCUUCAACAAGUUUCCAAACCCACUUCUCGCAUGAUGUCUUCGCAAAAUAUUCUCAAAAUACACCUUAUGCUCUUCAAGCUGCGCAUCCGACGCUGCCACAAAUGUCGUCCAGAUCAACAUGUGUGCCACGGGGGAAGUUUCUGGAAAUUGUUCGAGUGCUUCGAUGAAGCGCUGCACGCGUGCUACCGAGUCGGGAUUGGUGGGUAUGGGAUCAAGGUCGAAGAAGUUGGAGGUAUGGUCGGAGAGGACUUGUUGAAGAUAGAUAUCUCGAGCUUGGUAGACGAGACUUGCGACUUGGGAGAAGAGUGGUGUGUGUUCUGGGUAGAGUUGGAGGCAGUGGUUGAGACAGCCGAAGAGUUGGUCGGUUCGAGCUUGGGAAGAGAUCAUCUGCAGACCUGUUUCUUCACCAAGAUGCGGAGCAGCAUAUACUCGGAUCCUG